AAAAAAAAAAAAAAAAAAAAAGGGGGGAUGAGGACACAAGUGAAGCAUUUCCACCCAAAUAACGGACCGUUCUCUCACGUCGUCGCUUGAAGUUUAAACUCGAAUACGGAAAAGAAUGUGUGUCGUCGCUAGCUAACUUUAGUGGUCGAAGUCAUUGGAGAAGUAGCCGGCGCCAGGUAGCCGUAAAGAAUCUUCGAGCUUCCUUCUUUUCUCAUGAUUUUCUGUUCGGAGAAUGUUUUGACGGCGUGAAUACUGCGUUUUCCCCGACGACACGGCCUCUUUCUCAUAGUUUAUCGAAUAAGAGCGUAAAGAGAUGGCACCGAGGAGGCCGCAACUGCAACCGCUGGUCCGACUGCUGCUGCUGGCGGUGCUGUUGGACGCCAGCGCACAGGCGCCAUCGACGGACAGAAAAGUCAAUCCCGAGUCUUGGCUGCAGCAAUACGGUUACCUUCCCCCAGGGGACAUGCGGACCCACACGCAGCGUUCCCCUCACUCCGUCUCCUCAGCCAUCGCCGCCAUGCAGCGGUUCUACGGCCUUACGGUCACCGGCUCAUUUGACACCAACACCAUCGAGGCAAUGCAGCGACCUCGCUGCGGUGUGCCAGACAAGUUUGGAGCGGAGUUGAAGACCAACCUGAGGAGGAAGCGUUACGCCAUCCAGGGCCUGAAGUGGACCAAGAACCAAAUCACAUUUUCGAUACAGAACUACACGCCAAAGGUGGGCGAGUACGAGACUCACGAAGCCAUCCGGAGGGCCUUCAAGGUGUGGGAGCGUGUCACCCCACUGCGCUUCCAAGAGAUCCCCUACCAUUAUAUACGGGACAAGGUGGAGGAGUUUGCAGAUAUUAUGUUAUUCUUUGCUGAGGGUUUCCACGGUGACAGCAGCCCUUUCGAUGGAGAGGGAGGCUUCCUGGCACAUGCUUACUUCCCUGGCAAUGGCAUCGGGGGUGACACCCACUUUGAUGCAGCCGAGCCUUGGACUAUUGGAAACCGGGAUCUGAUGGGCAAUGAUAUAUUCCUGGUUGCUGUGCACGAAUUGGGCCACGCUCUCGGUUUGGAGCAUUCCAACGACCCGUCAGCCAUCAUGGCUCCCUUUUACCAGUGGAUGGACACUGAGAACUUCCAACUUCCUGAAGAUGACCUCAGAGGCAUACAACAACUUUAUGGCUCCGGGUCAGCACCUCAGCCUCCAUUUGUGACACCUCGUAUGCCGACAGACACGACUCCCAGCUAUACACCAGACAAGCCUCGUUUUGGCCCAAACAUCUGCGAGGGGCACUUUGACACCAUCGCCAUCCUCAGAGGAGAAAUGUUCGUGUUUAAGGAUAAGUGGUUCUGGCGAGUGCGUAACAACCACGUGAUGGAUGGUUACCCCAUGCCCAUUGGUCACUUCUGGAGGGGACUGCCUACUCUCAUCAAUGCUGCUUUUGAAAGGGAGGAUGGGACAUUUGUUUUCUUUAAAGGUGACAGAUACUGGGUGUUUAGUGAAUCUAUUCUUGAUGCUGGUUACCCAAAGAAGCUGAAGGAAAUGGGGGCCGGCCUCCCGAAAGAUCGGAUAGACGCCGCACUUUAUUACACGCCUACUGGACAGACGUACUUCUUCAGAGGAGACAAGUAUUACCGUUUUAACGAAGCGUCCCGAAGUGUUGACGAUGGUUAUCCGAGGCCUGUUAAUGUCUGGCAAGGAGCGCCUGACAAUAUCAAGGCAGCUUUCAUGAGCAAAGAUCAAGCGUACACCUACUUUUAUAAAGCCAAUAAGUACUGGAAGUUCAACAAUCAGAUGAUGCGCGUGGAGCCCGGAUACCCGAAAUCGGCUCUGCGCGAUUGGAUGGGUUGUCCCAACGAAGACCCCAAGACGGACGGCGGAAGAGGCGGCCACGACAAAGACAAGGAGCGGGACCACAAUGACGAGGACAAGGACAGAACCAGAGACAGGGAGACGGACAAAGAAAGGGAGAGGGAGAGAGAAACGGAGACAAAGGUGGAGCGAGAGGAGGAAGUGGAGGAUACGGAGGUGAUCAUUAUCGAGGUGGACGAGGAGGGAAGGGCGGGAAGUGGCGGGGGGGCAGCAGCUGUGGUUAUCCCAUUGUUCCUGCUGGUGUGCGUGAUCGCAACGCUGGCAGCUUUGGUGUUUCUCCGUCGCUAUGGUACUCCUCGCCGCCUCCUCUACUGCCAACGUUCCUUACUGGACAAGGUGUAGUUGGAACAGGAAGAAAGGGAAACAAAUGGAAGGCGAUGUCCCACAAAAUAAGAUCAAAUGUGAGGAAGAGCAGCAUGCUUGACUCUUGAGACCACUGCGAGGUUCUUUUUUUUUUGCUCUGUCCCUCAACCACUCCGACCUUCCAUUUGGUUCUCUGUCUUUGCGGUGACUGACGCCAGCUCACAGCUGUUUGUUUGUUUUAGCCUUUUUCAAUGUCUUCUUGUCAAGUCGACGUCAUCGGUCAGCGUUCGCGGCCUCCCAUUGGAACGUGUUCUUCGUGUAAGCAAAUUGUCUGUUUGACACCCCCCCCCCCCCACCCCACCAAUAUACUAUACAGCACACACAGACACAUGCAAAAGCACAUUUUCUUGAAACCACAAAGUCAUUGUUUUUUAACCUUACAGUAAAACAUAACCGAGCCAGUGUGAACCAUAAAAGGAAAGAAACCGUCAGCAUGAGCAAUAAACUGUGUGUUUGCCCCUUUUUAUAUAAAUGAUGUUGCCAUUAUUAUUAUGACUAUUACUAUUCUUGUUGUUGUCUGUGUAAUGAAUGUGUUUUUGUACAUUGUCAUUAAAAAGUCCUGCUGGACAGUGACAUACAUUUUGAAAGUGGCCUUAAUUUUAUAUGUGGGAAUAGUGAACUUGGGAUGCGGGUUAUUAUUUGUUAUUGAAACUUGAUUGUUUUUAUUUUAUCUUCAAAUGAAAAUAAAUCCGAAAUCUGAAAAAAAAAAAAAAAAUGGCUUCCAUUUGUCAUUGUACUUGUUUACCAUUUUACAGUAUGGUGCUAACUUUUCGAGUCAGGGUUGAAGCGAAAUCUCCCAGCAAUGAUGAUGAUAAUAAUCUGGUUUUCUCAAUUAGAUUGUGUCUGUGUUCUUUACUUUUUGGACAUUUCCUACAAAAAUAAAGACAUUUCAAAAGUA